CUCGUAUAGAAAAAUUUAUUCCCUUUAGACGGUAUAUACUGUAUAUAUACUGUAUACAUAAAAUAAAGUUGCUACAUAAAUACAAUCAAUAAAUUUUUAAAUAUCUCUCUCUUAUUUUAUCUUUUUUUAUUUGUCUAAGUCUAGAAUAUGCAAUCAAAUCAUACGCAAAUCCGUUCAAACAUUGAAACCUUUCAAGAUGAUAGAAUUACACCUUAUUCUGAUGAAACUGAACGAAUAGAAUGUUCAAACAGUGAUUCUCAGGAUUAUAACACAGUCUAUCAGCAUAUUGAUGAAUCUCAUCUUGGAGUCAAUUUCAGUGGUUCCCAGGAUUAUAAUAAUGUACAAGAUCCAGUCUAUCAGCAGUCCCAUUCAUAUAUGAAUGAUCGUAUUUCUACAGAACAGAUCGGCAACGGUAAUUACCAGGAUUAUGUACGAACUCAGCACGCCGAUAAUAUCAGAAUGGAUGACGCCUUAAAUGCGAAUGAUUACAAUGCUAUUACCGUUGAACAGGCCAGUCACGACAAUACCACAGAUCGUCAAUUUUUCUUUUUUAAUGAUGUUUACGUUUACGAUGUUAAAUGUGAAGAGAUACCAUUCGAUAUUGUCGUAAAAACGUUAAAUAAGUCAUUAAUUAACAAAGAAAAUAUGCAAAUUAAUGAAAAUGAAAUUAUGUUUUUUUAUGCAAAUCAAUAUACAAAUAGGUCAUAUAAAUUAACAUGAACGAACUUUUUUUAUUGGUCAAAUUUUCGGUUCAAUAUAUAUCCAAAACCUUGGAAAUUUGCACCCCAUUCAACUGAUCGACAAAGGUUCUAACCUUACAUUUCAUGUCUCAAGUGUCUAGGUU